GAGCAAACCAACACGAACGGCUUCGAUCACGAUCUGCGCCCAAGCUGCUACUGCCAACACAAGCCAAAAAGAGUGAAUGAAAGAACCUUCCAUUCCGAUCUGCAGCCAGAUCAAAAAACAAAAAAAAAGUUCGUAAAGCAUAGUGCACAGCAAGAACAAAUUGUUUGACAGUUUUUUGGUGUUUGUAAACACGCUAAUUCAAUAUCAUUUUGGGAAAAUUCUGUCCAACCAGUCAAGGAUUCGAUGCGAUAUUCCUCCAGCUAGUGAUUCUUUUGCUGGGGGAAGGAAGAGAGAGUGGACUACGAAAACAGUGAACAACGUCUAGAAGUGUAAACCUUCUGUGCCGUAUUUUCCUACACGAAUUCCUUUCCCGCUACAGCUCUUACCAUAGAUCUGUGCUUGGGAAACGCUGUGAAUGUGCUGACAUAUUGGCUAUACAGUGGCUUAUUCGCUUAGGCGCAUCGAGAAAAGGGCAUCGACCGAGCACGGUUGGAGCCUAGUGAAUGGCUUAACAGGCACUCCGAGGACUUCCAGUAGUAUCGCCAGCAGCAGGUAAUCAACAGGAACGCGCUCUAGAUUGCAACGCCAUGGAGCACUUACAGCUACAAACAACGGAAAUGCCGUUCUGUCGACUUUGCUUCACCCAAGGCGUCGAGCUGUACGAAAUAUUUCCGGGAGCUGGCAACGACAACGAAUCUCUGCUUAUCAAGAUUAUGGACUGCGUUACUGUGGCCAUAACAUUCGAUGAUGAUUACAACUCGUACAUCUGCGCCAAAUGCGUGACAACCGUGGAGGAGUUCUACGAUUACAAGGAAAAGUGUAAGGAAAACGACGCUCUCUUGCGUGAGAAACGAAAAACUGUCGACCAGACCGCCAUCUACAACGUGGUCAACAUGCCGUCGGAAGAGGAGGUCGCCAACAGUAACGGCAGCAACGGCACAACCCAGGAUCCAUUGGGAUCCAUGGACGAUCAGCAGAUGACUCUCGAACAUCGUAUCAGUAUAGAGGGCGGUGCGCCGCUCAACGGAAAUAUUAUCGAAUUUAAGAAACAGCUGUUCACCGCCUCACCAGAGCAGCUGGGCAUUUGGAUUUGCGUUGCGUCUGGUAGUGACAUUCAAUGUCCUGCCAUGAUCCAGGUUGACGAAAAUGUGCAGGUUGUAGCGGAAAUUGGACAACACAACCAUGGACUUCCGGUAUCAGUAACUGACAAUCCUCCACAAGAUACUAAGCCGCCAAUGUUGACCCCACCAUUGCAACAACAACCGCAACAACAACCACAACAGCCACAGCCUUCACAACAACAAACAGUUGUUGUACCACAACCGAAAGCCUCCGUAGCACCGGGUACCAGUACCACCUCAGGAAGCGCAAGCAAGAAGCGUAAAGCAAAGGAUCAACCGAGCAAGCGAAAAAUUUCCAACGACAUCCUUGUCGGUGACGGUUGGUUAGUGGAUGUGGAGACUCAAAAGCGCCACCAUUACCAGCUUGUCACAAAGGACGGCUAUCAGACUUUCCUGAUUUUCAAUGGCUAUCGUUUCCGUACGCAACAGAAGAUUCGCAACGGUAUUGCUUCGUGGAAAUGCGCCUGGAAUGGGCGCAAAGGUUGUCAGGCUAUCCUUCACAUCACCGAGGACUAUCAAAAGGUGAAGGAAGUUGGCAAUCCACACAAUCACGAACCGUCACUGAGAGAUCGAAUGAUAUCUGGUAAACCGUCCAACGGCAACGACGGUGUCCUGAUGGCAUCGGAUGGGGAGGAAAGUUUGCACGCUGGAGCGGAAUUACAGCAAAUCACUAUUGCCGCUACAGUUGCAAGUCAUGCCGGCAGCAGCAACAACAACAGUAUCAAUGCACAGACAGUAGCCACCACGACACUUGGCAGUGCGGUUACGGCAACCGUAACUGGAGGUGCCUCAAGUUCGAUUACCAGCAAUGCGGUAGCGAAUCUCAACGCGGUCACCACCACCGUCAGUCACAGUUCGUCAUUGGACCAUUUGUCCACAUCGGAGAUCGUAGAUUUUGUCCAACAAAGCAGCAGCGGUAGUGACCAACUGGUGACCACGGUUGUGGACGCUGAUGUCCACAAUGCAGCCGUGGUCGGAGUCGUCGACGAUGACGUGGGAAAAGACGAUAUGCCGAUGGACAUCGAGGAAAUAAUACGCCCACACGUAGUUCUUCAUGCGACUAAUGACUAGACACACAGAAGUUGAACAACAGUACCGGAAGCGACAAAAACAAAACAAAAAUAUGAAUGAAUGAAACUUCUUAGCGUAAGCAAACAGUGCGGAUAUUCUCAGCAGUAAAAUAUAUAUUUUUAAAUUGUGUAGCCACAUGAGCGCAGGAUCCUAGGGGUUUUAAGCAAGAAGACUAGAUGGUAAGAUUUAUAAUUAUAGAGUAAAGCUAAGAGAGACGGCAAGCAGUAUGAGUUUGGAAGUAUCCGGUAAGUAUGUUCAGGCCUCUUUGUGUAAAUUGCCAAACUUAAUAAACGCUAAUAAAUAGGAA